CGACGCCGGCAAUAAACAAUGGUGAUGAGAAACCGAAUAUUACGUAUAUUUCAGACUACUAUCCAUACAUCAUAUAAUACCCCACUGACCCCCUAGACGGCAGACAGACGACGACGAGAAAUUACGAUGGUGACGACAAACCGAAUACGUACGUAUACUUUCAGACUUUACUUACCCUUAUUAUCUUCGUCAUAUUCUCUAUAGCGUAUCAUACCUUUAGAACUAGUACAUUAUCCUGAAAUAUUUUUAACCCACUUGACCAAAUCCAUACACCUCGUCAACACAUAGCCAUGCCCAAGUCAUCUCUUGCUGCCCUUCCGACCGAUGUCCAGUCCCAUGUCAACCAAGCAAUCGAUUCCCUCCGGGACCUUGUUCCACCCGACCCCUCUUUUGUUUCAGAAGACAUCCAGGAUACCAUCUUCAAAACUGUCGAUGAGCUCAAUGAUGAUAUGAGGAAGCUAAGUCUUGCGAUCCAUGAUAACCCAGAACUUGGCUUUAAGGAGUUUGAAGCUCGGAAAAACCUUGUCACCGCCCUGAAGAAAUUAGGGUUCGACAUCAGUAAUCCAAGUGAUUUGGAAACGGCAUUCGUAGCAACAUAUACCAGAGGAAGCGGCGGUCGAACAUUUGGCUUUAACGCAGAGUUCGAUGCUCUCCCUGAUAUUGGGCAUGCAUGUGGUCACAAUCUCAUCGCCGUAAUUGCAGUGGUCGGCGCCGCUGCCCUGAAAGCUGCUAUGGAAGCUAGUGAUAUGUCUGGAACAGUCAAAGUCAUUGGUAGCCCUGCGGAAGAAGAUGGCGGAGGCAAAAUCCUUCUUCUCAAACAGGGCAUUUAUGACGAUCUCGAUGCCUGUGGCAUGGCACAUCCUUUUGGUGGUAUGGGAGGUGCCGCCGGUUCGUGCCCUAUUGGAGGACCUGCCACUCUUUCACGGUCAGGACUUGAAAUUGAGUUCCACGGCCGAGGUGCUCAUGCCGGUUCAGCUCCUUGGAUGGGUAUCAAUGCCCUUGAUGCCGCUGUUCAAGGCUACACAGCAGUGUCAAUGCUCCGUCAGCAACUCGAACCCACCAUGCGUGUACACGGGAUCAUACUUGGAUCAGAGAAAUGGGUAACGAACAUCAUUCCAAGCUAUUCAAAAGUGUCAUUUGGUACUCGUGCUUUGGAUACUAAGUUGUGUAUUGACCUGAGAGAAAAGGUUAUCGCCUGCUUUAAAUCGGCAGCUGAAUCAACUGGAUGCUCGUGUAAAAUCAAGGCGCCUGAUGAUGCGGUCUAUGCAGAGACCAGAAACAACGAGAAGCUGGCCCACUCUUAUCAGAUAUUCAUGGACAGGGCUUUUGGUGACAAAAUCGAGCUUGAAGGUGUGACUACCGCCAGCACUGAUUUCGGUAACGUGUGUUACAAGCUUCCAGGUUUCCACCCCAUGUUUGACAUACCUUCGGAAGAAGGCUCGAGCAAUCACACUCCUGGUUUCGCUGAAGCUGCGCGUACACCCGAAGCGCACAGUCGCGCCAUGAAAGUAGCAAAAGGCCUUGCCGUCAUUGGUGCAAAAUUUAUGAUCGAUGAUAACUUCGCCAAGGAGACUAGGGAGGCUUAUGAGAAGUUGCAAGAGGAGGUAAGAAACAGUGGAGGCCAAAGCAAGACCGAGUAACGAGACGGUUGUUAUGCUAUCGUACACACAGUGACGUCCCGAGUUGAACCUUUGUGAACAAUAACUGUCGAAUUGCAACCCUUGAACUUUGUAUGAAAUGGGUGAGGCAGAGUCUUUGUAUCUGUCGGCCACGAAGCACGAAGCCAGACAUGGAGUG